UAAUACAGGUACAGUAACCGCGAGAGAGAGAGGGAGAGCGAGAUGUGGCGGUACGUUGCUCGAGGCCUUCGAGUUCCAUCGAAGAGAUUGAUAUCCGGCGAAUCCGUCAAACCCAACGGCAUUCAAAGAUCCUUCUCCACCGAAUCAAUUGGGGGAAGAUCCUCAUAUACUGUGGUUGAUCAUACGUAUGAUGCGGUUGUCGUAGGCGCGGGAGGUGCGGGGCUCAGAGCAGCCAUAGGGCUUUCUGAGCAUGGAUUCAAUACCGCUUGCAUUACCAAGCUAUUCCCUACUCGCUCACAUACUGUUGCAGCACAGGGUGGUAUAAAUGCUGCACUGGGGAAUAUGACGGAAGAUGACUGGAGGUGGCACAUGUAUGAUACAGUAAAGGGCAGUGAUUGGCUAGGUGACCAGGACGCUAUUCAAUACAUGUGCAGAGAGGCACCUAAAGCAGUCAUAGAGCUUGAGAACUAUGGGUUACCAUUUUCCCGAACUGAAGAGGGUAAAAUAUAUCAGAGGGCAUUUGGUGGUCAAAGUUUGAACUUCGGCAAAGGUGGACAAGCAUAUCGCUGCGCCUGUGCUGCUGAUCGUACCGGGCAUGCUCUCUUGCAUACUCUCUAUGGCCAAGCUAUGAAACACAAUACACAAUUUUUCGUUGAAUAUUUUGCUCUAGAUCUCUUGAUGGGUAGUGAUGGUAGCUGUCAAGGAGUAAUUGCGCUAAAUAUGGAGGAUGGGACAUUGCAUCGGUUUCGCGCAGCAUCUACAAUUUUGGCCACAGGGGGCUAUGGUAGGGCAUACUUCUCUGCAACCUCAGCUCAUACGUGCACUGGAGAUGGCAAUGCCAUGGUUGCACGUGCUGGGCUUCCUCUAGAGGAUCUUGAGUUUGUGCAGUUUCACCCAACCGGCAUAUAUGGGGCUGGUUGCCUCAUCACGGAAGGAUCUCGUGGUGAAGGUGGUAUUCUGAGGAACAGUGAAGGUGAGCGAUUUAUGGAAAGGUAUGCACCUACUGCCAAGGAUCUUGCUUCAAGAGAUGUUGUUUCAAGAUCUAUGACUAUGGAAAUCCGAGAAGGACGUGGUGUAGGACCGCAUAAGGACCACAUUUACCUCCACUUAAAUCACUUGCCCCCGGAGGUCCUCAAGGAGAGACUUCCUGGCAUCUCUGAAACUGCUGCCAUCUUUGCUGGUGUUGAUGUUACAAAGGAGCCAAUCCCUGUUUUACCCACUGUUCAUUACAAUAUGGGUGGGAUUCCCACUAACUACCAUGGGGAGGUAGUUACCAUUAAAGGUGAUGAUCCAGAUGCAGUGGUUCCUGGACUAAUGGCUGCCGGGGAGGCUGCCUGUGCAUCAGUUCAUGGUGCCAAUAGGCUCGGUGCUAAUUCUCUUCUUGAUAUUGUUGUGUUCGGUCGAGCUUGUGCGAAUAGAGUUGCAGAGAUCUCUCGACCUGGGGAGAAACAAAAACCUUUGGAAAAGGAUGCAGGUGAGCAGACUAUUGCAUGGUUGGACAAGCUAAGGAAUGCCAAUGGUUCAAUUCCGACUUCAAAAAUCCGGUUGAAUAUGCAACGAAUUAUGCAAAAUAAUGCUGCUGUGUUUCGAACACAAGAAACACUGGAGGAAGGUUGUCAGUUAAUUGACAAGGCUUGGGAAAGCUUUCAUGAUGUUAAGUUGCAGGAUCGGAGUUUGAUAUGGAACUCAGACCUCAUAGAGACGAUAGAGUUGGAAAACCUCUUGAUCAACGCAUGUGUUACCAUGCAUUCUGCAGAAGCCAGGAAAGAGAGCAGGGGCGCACAUGCACGCGAAGAUUUUACGAAAAGAGAUGAUGAGAAUUGGAUGAAACACACGUGUGGAUUUUGGGAGAAUGAGAAGGUUCGGCUAGACUACAGGCCAGUCCACAUGAAUACCCUAGACGAUGAGAUUGAGUCAUUCCCACCGAAAGCUCGUGUGUAUUGAUAAUAUAUCUGCUGCCUGUGAUGAAUGGGUUGGUGGUGAUGAAGUGCCAGCUGAUUUAUUCAAACCUGAGAUUGUGAUGAAUUGUUUGAAGCGCAAGUAUUUUUGAAUAAUUACCAGUGUAUUAACAAAAAUCUGGAAUCAUGGCAAGUGAAUAAUGCCUUCCUGGAGCAUCAUCCUUUUGGGAAUAGUUGUUGAACUCGUCAGCGUACUUGGAAAAUCUGGAAUUGUUAGCUUGCUUUUGUAACGACGUUGGGGAAUUAUUCCUUCCUCCUACUAAGGAGAGCAAA